CGGAAGCCCCCGUGUGACUUCGACUACAACCCUUGCUGCUGCAGCAGCCCUCUACGCGAAACAUAGCAGCCCACUUAUUAUUACAGAUCUCUCAGAUCACAUACCAAUUUGGCACAUUAAAGCACAAUCGAACGUCCCUCUUUGGAUACAUCUGUGCAUUCUGCAAAUGCAGGCCAUUAAAUGCGUUGUGGUCGGCGACGGUGCUGUGGGUAAGACCUGUCUGCUCAUCAGUUACACCACCAAUGCCUUCCCAGGGGAGUACAUCCCCACCGUCUUCGAUAAUUACUCUGCUAAUGUUAUGGUGGAUGGCAAACCAGUCAACCUGGGCCUUUGGGAUACAGCGGGACAGGAAGACUACGACCGUCUCAGGCCUCUCUCUUACCCCCAGACGGACGUGUUCUUGAUAUGCUUCUCCUUGGUGAGCCCAGCCUCCUUUGAGAAUGUCAGAGCUAAGUGGUACCCUGAGGUGCGCCACCAUUGCCCCAACACUCCCAUCAUCCUGGUGGGCACCAAACUUGACUUGCGGGAUGACAAGGACACCAUUGAGCGCCUGAGAGACAAGAAACUGGCCCCCAUCACUUACCCACAGGGGUUGGCUAUGGCACGUGAAAUUGGUGCAGUGAAGUACUUGGAAUGCUCUGCCCUUACCCAGCGUGGUCUCAAGACAGUGUUUGAUGAGGCAAUUCGCGCUGUCCUCUGUCCUCCACCUGUCAAGAAGCGGGGCAAGAAGUGCACAGUGUUCUGAGGCAGCCCACCAGGGGGCGCCAGUGUUUGUGCCAUUGUUCUUUAAGGGGGCUGCUGGGUGGGUGUGGGGGGGGGGGGGGGACUUCUUCCACUCCUACUUGUUCAUAACAGUACCUGCUGUUUUAAGAGGGAUACUUGAGCUCACUGGGUUUACAGUAGUCUCCAAUGACCUGGAGGUUUUGUUUUUUAAAUGUAAGAAGAAGCGUUAAUAGAAUGUGUAGAGUGGUGAUGAUGGCAUUAAAACAGAAGAAAUUAUGCCAAUAUCCAUUCUUUUUGGGCAGCACAUGUCUUUUUUAUUUGUUAAAUGAAUUUGCCUUAAAGAUAUUGGAUGAUUUAAUUGGGGCUUUGUCGUAAAUGACAAGCAGGUGGACAAACAGUUGUGGAGCCCUAAGUGUGCAUUUCAGACUGGAUUAACAAGCUUUUAUAAGUGUUCACUACAUAAAUACACUCAGUACAUUCAUUCAGCUUUGUUGCCAGAACUAAUGUUGUUGGAUAUAUUAAAGUGUGGACAUUGUUAGCUGUUUUGCAUUUUUUUACUACGAAUUGUGAAUGUUUGACAGAUGUGACGGUGUAAAUAUAUAUUGUGCAUAGCUUUGGUUAUAGCAGGCAUAGGAGCCAGAGAACACAGAUUCAUAGACAGGUGGAAGAAAUACAUUUUAUGUGUUUUUUCUCCAUUUACAGUAGGCUAAAUUUCCUACAGUAUCAUGCAAAUUGUUUUGGAGUUAUUCAAUCUUUCUAGAUUAAGGCAUCUCUACUUCAGAAAAUCAUAAAAUGGAGUCAAAGAAAUGUCAGCUGAUUCAUCAGAGUAGUCCAGAACAAAUUUUAGUUUGCUGUUUUAUAGAUAGGCAUCUAUUCACAUCCAGGGCUUGAGCUACUGUAGGUAAAUGUGUAUGGGAACUGUUUUUUUUUUAUUGGUUAUCAAAUUUGCCCCAUGAAAAAUUGUAAUAUGCAAAAUGUCUGUACUCUAUCUGUAAGACUAUUAAUGACAUACAAGCUGGUCUUAGAAUUUUAUACAGUUUAAAUAAUUUCAUUUCUUUACAAAUAGGCCUAUGCGUUCACAUUAUUCAAAUCAAUGAAGAGGAAUAGAUUCUAUCUUGUGCCAUUGUGAACUGCAUUUUGUGGGACCUGCCAAAUCAAGUAAUUUAUUUUGACAAAGGACCCAAUUAGAAGUGUCAAAAUAUUUUUGUUUCCCAAAUAUCUUUAUUUUCAGUUUUGUGCAUAUGAGUCUUACGUGUGAGAGGACGCAUGCAUGUGCAAGGAGCUGUCUGUCUGGUUGUGGAUUUCUUGAGUGAAAUGCAUUUUGUGUCUGUAUUAGCCUACAUUUGGUAAUUCAUGUGACUCUUGAACUGGGAUAAACGGUGAAGAGCAUUUAACAACAUAUGUCCUCUGUUACAGUUGUUGCCAAAAUAAACCACUAAAUGUGAGUAUCAUAUAAUUUUAAAGGUUAUGCAUUAAUAAAGGAAAAUAUUUGAAUGUA